AUGCCCCCGCCGUCGCCGACGCCGUCGUGGCCCGCCAGACGCGGGGCCCAGCGGCAGCAGGUGGAGGAGGACCCCGAGUCUGACCGGAGCAGGCGAGCCCCUCUGGCUGAAGUUCCGCUCGCCGCAGUCUCACUACCCGAGUCGGGUCCCCAUCCCGCCACCCCGGCCCCGAGGUCCUACAGGCGCGGCCUGGCUGCCAACCGCUCCCGGCGCAGCCGAGCUCCCCGCUGCGCCGCAGCCACCUUCAUCUCUGACCGUUGUCACCCGAAGCACCGCCAACCCCACAGCGCCGCCCCGCCCUCGCCGCCAUGGCCCCGCCCCGAGCCCCAUGUCCCGCCCUCGCCGCCAUGGCCCCGCCCCCCGAGCACAGCGCGUUUUCCCCCUCACCUGCUGAGGACCCGCCCCCUACUCUGCCUCUCGGAGGCCGGACUUGCUAUUUCCGGAAAGGUUUGUCUUCCCCCUUUUGGGAGCCUGGUAUGUGACAAAAGCCUGAUUGCGAGCGCAGCCAGACCCGCCCGCGCUGGGGGACUUUUCUGA